GCGGCCCCCAGGUGCGCGCAGCGGCUUUCAGCCGGGGCUCGGCUGGCGCAGCGUCCGGCGGACGUCUUUUGCGUUGCACCGCGGCGGCUGCGCAAGAUGGCGGCGUCCGUGGGCUUGUUACUGCGGCGAGUGCUGACCCCGUGCCGCCGGUGGGCCUUGCCCGGGCUCCAGCAGUGUCCCGCCGGCGCUCCACUGGGCGCCGCGCCGCCUGCCCGCCUUUACGCCGCCGCCGCCAAAAAUACAAAAAGAGGCUCGCAAAAGGCCAAGAAGGAAGAAGCCCAGAAGAAAAAAGGACGUGGCAGGCGGCUGUUGCUGAGCAAGCCUGUGGAUGAUGUGUAUUUGACGUGGUACUACGAGCGACCGUCCUACCAUGUAGAAGAAGCUGUGGGUAUGUUAAAGAAAUUUCAGGAACUGGACUUCACAUACCCAAAACAGUUUGUGUAUAUUAAUGUGACCUUAGAUAUGGAACUACAGAAGAAGAAAAAAGUGGAUCAGUUUGCAAGCAUUGUUCUUCUUCCAUACCGCUUUACAGAUGAGACAAAUAAGGUCUUGGUUUUCACAGAGAAUGAGCAAGAAGCUGAAAUAGCUCGAGAGAAUGGAGCUGCUGUUGUAGGAGGCAUUGAAUUAAUCAAAUGGAUUUUGGAAGAAGAAAUUCAAGUGGAUUUCUACAUAGCUGUUCCUGCAAUAAUGCCUAAACUGAUACCGUUAAGGAGCAAGCUAAAACAAAAAUACCCCAGCACAAAAAGAAAUUCCCUGGGCCAUGAUAUUCCCAAAAUGCUACAGUUCUUCAGAGAAGGUCUUGAGUACAAGGUACAAGAUGAGCAUCUAAUCAAAACAAGGAUAGCAAGACUGGAUAUGCCUACUGAGCAGAUCGUUGCCAAUUUGAAAACAAUUAUUGAGGAUAUCUGCAAGUUCAAACCAUCAAGUGCUGGUCCGUUUGUGAAGAAGCUGGUUAUUAGAUCUUCAACCAGUGAGGGUUUACUAUUGAACCUUGAUGGACUUCUCCCUGAAGCAGAGAAAGUAGAAGAAAAAGAAGAAGAAACUGCAGAAGAUGAUGAAGAAAAACCUGUCCAAGAGUCUGUUAGUACCUGAUGCCUUUCCUUGUGCGUCUGAUCAAGUUUGAAAACCAGAUGGUGUUGUUCAAAUCAUAUUCUGUGAAAAGAAAAAAAAAUAAAUCUGUGACUCUGAUUUUUAAAAA